AUGAAAGUGGGAAAUGGAGAAUCAUGUAGAUUCUGGUCGGAUAACUGGUCCCCCUUUGGGAAGCUCUCGCAAUUUAUAUUGAGCGAUCAAACUUCUCGCAUGGGCAUUGAUGCAAACUCCACUGUCUCAGACCUCUUUAUUGAUGGGAGAUGGAUGAUUCCCCCGGCGCGGUCAGAGAAAAUGGUACAACUACACAUCUUCUUCACUGCUUUUGCCCUCACUGAUACAGAAGAUUGCUAUGAAUGGGUGAUUGAUGACAAACCGAUUUCAAGAUUUAACACCAGUCAGGUUUAUCAGAAACUAAGGGGUCAGGAAACUAGCGUACCUUGGGCUCAAAGCGUUUGGAUUACAGGAGGCAUCCCUCGCCAUAGUUUUCUCACUUGGCUGUUCAUCUUGAAUCGAUGCCCUACUAGAGACCGUCUUCGGAGCUGGGGACUCCAGACGGAUGUUGUGUGCCUGCUCUGCAACCAGGAGCCUGAAACUAGAGAUCACUUAUACUUCCACUGCCCCUUCAGCUUUGCAAUCUGGGAGGAAAUUGGGAGGAGAUGUGACCUGCAACCGCUAAAAAAUUGGGAUCAUACCAUGAUUCAGAUGCAAUCUCUUCAAGGAAACAAAUACAAGAAACGACUUACCCUUCUCUGUUGGCAAUCAUCGAUUUAUUGGAUUUGGCAGGAGAGGAAUAAGAGGCUUCACAAUCAACAAUUUCGAUCAUCAGAGGCUAUUACUUCUCUCAUCACUCGUCAAAUCACGGAUCGGAUCUCCGGUUAUCGAUUGAACUCUCCUGCGAUUUCUUCGAUCUUCAUGCAACUUUGGUUUUCGACGCAAAUUUGA